AACUCUCACGCUCCCGCUUGACACGCUUGCGUUUGUAUGUAUUUGAGUGUGAACGCGCUCCCCUGGAAAAGUCCAGCAUCAAGUGAAAAGCAACAGCGCCAUUUGAGCGCUCACACAGCCACACAUACACACACAUGGAUGAUAUGCCUCACGUAUGGGUCCCCAUACAGUUAGCUUGGCGCUCAGCGAGUCAGUUCGAAUUUGAAUUUGCAACGGGUAGCAAUGCGCGGAAGGUGAUGCGUGCGAAACACACAAGCAAAUAUGUAUAAAAUAGGCUGAUGAGCAAAAAUACAAAUACUUGAAAAGGAAUCACAGAUGUGCUAUAAAAAUGAAGCGAAACCUGCCGCUUGCUUGAUUUAAAAGGAAAAAUGUGAGCAUAAAAAAUAUUCAAUAAUAAUAAUAAAAACAAAAAAAAAAUGAAAAAAGAAAAAUGAAAAAAGAAACAAAGAAAGCCAAUGCGAAUUAAAAAUUAAACACGAGUUCAUAAUUGCAAAAAUUAAAAAUUAAUAAACAAACCCAACACAGUGAAAGUGCAAUGAGUGAUGAACGGUUCAAUCAGCUGGAAAUUUCCAAUAAGCAAAAAUAAGUGAAAUUUCAACACACACACACGCACAUAGGCAGCAAUUCGGUUCGUUGUAGCAAUGUAUAUAAUUUUUAGUAUUACCGUUAAUCAUUGAAAUAUGAAAAUCAUAAAUUAUAAAAUAUAAAAAAAAGAAAAUAAUAAAAAAAAAUUACAACAAUAACGAACGUCUAUGCAUUUGUAAAACAACUAAUCCGACUUGAAAUCCGCUUGAAAUACGCAAGGAUAAUUGAAGGAUAAUACUGCUGCCGUACGAUUUUGUUGUAAAUUAGCACACGCUGCUCACCUUCGUUCUGCACUGCUUGGCAGCCGACAGUGCUCGGUGCGUAAGCACACAGUUUUGAGCAUACAGGCGGUUAUCAGCAGGCCUAAGCAGCAGCAGCAACCUUCACAUCAGCCUCAACCUCAACAGCAGGCUCAUUAGCAGCCUCAUCGUUCUUUGUCUGCCUGAGUUGUUGUUUAGCGCUUGAAUGCCGCGCGGUUGUGUAGCGUGUGAAUCGCUUUUGUUUUCCACAUAUUUACAUAUAAAUAAGUAGCGCGCUACAACAACAACAAAAUGCUAUUUUACUUACUUGCCGCGAUUCGGUGUGAAUUUUGAGUGAAACAAGUAAGCCAAACCACUGCAACAACAAUUACAAUAACAAACAGCUAAGGCGUAACAAUUGAAAUUGCGUAUUAAAUGCGUUGAGUGGGGAUUAGAAAAAGCUAUUUUCGGAAUCAGUUUGCCUACUUUCGUUUGCCAGUGAACGCAGUUAUUCGAUGAAAACAUGUCUAUUUAGAAAUGGCAAAAAUUACACGACGUGCCGUUGCCUCGUCGUCGGUAGCAUCAACAACAUCAACAGACACUUCAAGGUCAUCUAGAGCAACGAGUUCUUCCACUUCAAAGGCUUCCAAAUCAACUGCUGCGGCAAGCGCAACAAUAAAAACCACAACGAAUGCCAAUAACAUUAUCUAUGGCGGUAAGCCAGCACGUUUGGCCGCAACGGAUAUGUCGGACAAACUGGCAAUGCCACUCACUGCAUUUAAUGACACUCCUCCUCUACACAGUAACGGCACUAUACCCGAUAAACAGUUUACAACUAAUGGGCAUAGCGCCUUACCCGCCGUCACGAAUACAACGACUGGUACCGCUUCCGUAUUCAACGGCUUCAAUGGGCGUCACAGAAUCUUCACGGGCAGUGGACGACACAAUAAAAGUCUGGCCGAGCGUAGAAUUGAACAGGAAGAAUUCUAUGCCACUUAUGACGUGAUGACUGGUGUACGUAUUGCCGCAACGCUUAGCGGCUUCUUCGGCUUAAUGGUGUUCCUUAUUGUGUGGAAGAGUCGCAGUAGUUCCAAUGAGACGAUGAAAGUGUUAAAGGAUCCCAAAAUGGCUGCUGUGGCCGCCGUGUGUAUGCAAGAGGAGGAAGAGCGUGAAAUUCAGGAGGCGAUGGUGGCAACUGGCAUGUCGAUAUACCCGGAUGAAUAUGAUGCAAUUCUCUAUCGGCGACAACGAAUGUUAUCAUUGGGUAAUGUUAGCGCACCGCCCAUGCUAAACCGAGGAUAUCGCUUCUCGUCAGUGGAUAUUCCUGCUUUCGAAACUACAGGUGGUGGUGGCUACAGCAGCCUGCUGGAGCCACCUAGGCGUUUUUCCUAUUCGGCAACUUCUGGUGUAGGCAGCUUCACGGGCGGUCGCAGAAAAAGUGGCUCCGAGUCGUCACGUAUACUGAGUAACUAUCCUAUGGGCAGUAGUUUCGGCAAUGAUGAUUACUUUAUAGAGACCGAGGAUGAAUUGGAAUGCACCGACUACCCACGUAGUGGGACACAUCUUGACAAACUGCCCGAUAUGCCACAACGCACUGAUUCAACGAAAAGUAAACGUGGUUUUCUGGAGGUACCGCCUGCGGGACAAGAUUCGCGACGUAGCAGCGCAAUGACAUGUUGCAGUACUGAAAGCUCUUAUUUGGAGCGACGCUGUUCGGCGUUUACCUUAGGGCUGAGCAAUCUACCGCCGACACUUCAACGAAAACUAUCGACAGCCUCACGCGCAUCGAGCACCGACAAUUGGGACUACUAUUACCCCGAUAUACAGGUCAUACAGCCAACACCGAAACCUUCGCCUUGUCCAUCGGAGCGUAGUCUUUAUGAACAACUACAGGCGCAUGCCAACGGUGCUUCCACCUCGAGCGCCAAGGUGACUGGCAAAGGCGCUGAGGCACUGCCGGACAAUUUACCCGUAGCCACCAUCACAACACAGAGUAAGACUGGCACAACCAAUACUGUGGUUACUGGUGAAGUGAGAGGCGCUGGUACUCCAACAGAUUCGCAGAAAUUUGUGCGCAAGCACAGUAUAGCCUAUUAUGAUCCGGAGAGUGCACAGGCAGGACGUAAACAGGAAAUACACUCGAUAAGCGCCGACACGGUAGACAUCUAUCCUUAUAAUCAAACCAAUUACGAAACGCGUGGUACGUUUGGUUCCAGUGAUGCUGGUGGUACCGCACACAAGACGCCACUACAAACUGCGCCGACAACAAGCACGCAGUACGGAUUCCAUUACACCGAUUCGCCGACGGAAGAUUCCCGUGGUAGUUUGCGCGGCAAGGUCACGGUAGUUGAACUACAACGUCUCACCUAUCCGACCGAAGAGAUGACGCCGCCGCCCAUACCAGAGCACAAUAAUAAUAAUUUUUCAUAUUCCAGUACCGCUGCGGCCAUAGCGGCUGCUGCCGUUGUUACCGCCAACUCCAGUAGCAUCAGCAUCGAUAGCACGCCCAUAAGUUUGGAUAGACUGAAUGGCAGCGGCAGUUUGGGCACCAUAUCAGCGAAAGCACUUUUCAAUGUAGAAAGGCGAGCACCGCUCGCCUCGCUUAGUUCCUUUAAAAUCUCGUCAUUAGAGUAUCAAGACUCGGAAGCGCGUUCCGUUGACGAGGACUCAGUAUUCCUGGACAGCGUGGCCGACACCGAUGAGGAUAUGCAGCAGCUGAGCAGUGACAGUGAUGAGGUCAGCUUCGGUGAACAUGAUCCUACUAGUAUGCGCGAGAAUGUUGCCCUCGUCGUAACACAAGAUACCGCCGGCAGCAACAAUGCCGAGGCAACGGCAACUGUGCAAACGCGACCGCAACCACUCAAGUAUCCCAUCGAAAAGCGUUAUAGUCUGGGCGCUGCUUGCAAUGCCGGUGUCGCUGGCACGAAACUAUCACGCGCACGACGUCCACUGCUGCAACGCCAUCGCACAAUCAGCGUUUCUUCCAGCGAUCGUGUAGCUUUGAUCGGCCACCAGCUCAAAGAGUUCCAACACACUGGCAGCGGCAGUCAAACACCGACCACCAUCGCUGAAACGGUACCACUGGAGACGCACUUCGGUUCGAUUAUUUGCACCAGUAGCUCACCCACACAUCUGCGACGCGCACAAUUGCUGCAACAGUAUAGCGAUCCGCAAAGUCUGCCGACCACCACAACAACUACAGCCACGACGGAGGAUGACACCUGCUCGACUUUGAAUACGGAACUGUGCGGUGGUAAUGCCGGCGCACAGGGACCGAGCGGUAGCGGCAGCGGCAGUGGUGGUGGCGGCGGCACCGGCGGUGGCGGUGGCUCAGCGACUCUGACACAAAACAGCAGCUUAAAUACGGUCGUCAGUUUUGGCCGCUCGAGUCCGCUCCCGGACAAUAACAAAACGAGCUGUAGCCUUAGUGCUGGCACAAGCGCUAACGCUCAUCACCAGCUCUAUACUACAGAAAAACAAAAGGCUUCGAAAAAUCAAACGAACAAAACACAACCACAACUGCCAUGCUCCAGACUCUAUGAUGACUCUUGUGCCUCCUCGGUCUCCGACUCGUUGAUCAUCACAUCAACAACGCGACAACCAAUAAUUUGCAUGCCAGCAUCGCUGAAAAACCUCAUCAUACGCGGGUCCGGUGCCGGAACCAGUUCUACAACAAGCGCAGAUAAAACGGUCGACUCGCCCAGUCUGUUGGUGAGCCGCAGCGCUACUAAUUUGAGCGCGUCGAACACAAAUGCGCGUGAUAGUGAAGAUCGUUCAUGUCGUUCGGUUAUGCUGGAACUGCCGCUAAUAAAGUUACCUACCGAUGAGAGCUCGGAAAGUUCGUCAGCAUCGGAAGGGAAUGCACAACGUGCGCAAAGUAAGAGUGAAGGUUCACGCGAACCCAGUCUGACAAGAAACAGUCGGAAAUGGUCGAAGGAAACACUAUUCUAGCUAGGAACCAAAGCAAGACGUACCAGCUACAAAAUGGGUUGAACAAACCGGGCUCAAAGUGUUUACGUAUACGGUACUCACAGUAGAAGGAGUGUUACAAGUAGCAAAGAGUUGAAUAAAGCAGCGCAGGUGUGGCGUAAAAAAUCGUAUAGACGAAAGACUGCAGUUUGGAUAGUGCAAAGCAUCGUUAGAUCCACGUUGAGCUCUUCGACUGCCCCGCUAAGGAAUUGCAUUUGCUGUUGUGUGACUCAAAGUUGGCACAAUAACUUUUUACAGGAGCUUAGUAUGUAUCAGAUUUUGCAGAAACCAAAAAACCAAAAACAAAAAUAAGGAACUCAAAAAACGAAAACAAAACUAAUGAACUAUAAUUAUAAACUAAGAGAUUUAGCAUACAAAUUAUGUAAAUGAGAAUAUUUAUAUUUAUAAGUGAAGAAUACAAAUCACAACACGGAAACGGGUGAACUUAAAAGCAUUUCGUGCGUAAUUUAUGCGAUUCAAAUUGUUAUAUGUACGAGUAUUUGAUAGUAAAUAACUGCAUACAUACAUACAUACUUUAUGAAAUUAUAAGAAAAACAAAAAACACUUUCAUAAA